AACAUCUUGUUGUGUAUCCUUCCUCCAGUUCAAUAACGUACAGUAUACGGGCCGAAGGGGGAAAAAACUAACGGAAUUAUUUUUUUUAAAUGACGCCAAAUAUUUUUUUGUGCAUGAGAAGUGAGUUAACAUGACUUAGACACGGUUUGUUUUAUAUUAUUAUUGUGCUUUUAUUUUUUGUGAAUGUGGAGGAACAUAAGUGCCGCCCGGGGACUUUAUCACUCUCUGGUCGAAAAUGGCUCCCGUGUUUCAAUCGCUCCAACCCCCACUGUUCUGUGACAUUUACGGUUCUUAAAACAAUAAAAUUCCUACAGACAUACAUAUCGAGGCAGGCCACAGAUACCACGGGGCAUAACUUAAGCCAUUUGUACCUUAUCGGUUUAGCGCUUGAAGGCUUGGAAAUGAAAUAAAACUGAAAAACGCGCUGGGCUCAGAAUGGACGCGUUUUCGGAGUGGGUGGGAAUAUUGAAGUUUGCCCACAGCAGGAAGACGAUAAUACUGUUUCGCCGAAACAAACUGUAGCCGGGUUAAAUGCAAAGAAAACGGACCGGUGGGAUCAGUCCUUCUGUGCGGAUUAAAGGGAACCCGGGAGGGCCGUGUGCGGCGCAGUCGUGUAAAAACACUUUUUGUGCGGAGCCCGGAGCGCACAGGACCGCCGGAGACCCGCUCCCGUGAAGUUGUGCGCAUCAAGAUCUGGGGUCGGCGUAUGUUUUGCGAGCGGGAAUAAUUGCACACCUUCUUCUCUUUCUUUGAAACAACUAGUUUAAAAACAAAUCACCGAAGCACCCGCAGGGUUACAUGCUCGAUCGGGCGCCGAGCUGUUCCCCCGAUGGAGGCCGCCGGCGCCGAGCUUGCGGCCGGGCUGUUCUGACUCCGGGAUCGCGCUGUGAAAAGGUCUCUCUGUGAGGGAGAUCGGGAUCGGGAGCAGGGAUGGCUGAACAGAAAUCCAACUGCGAGGAAAAUGAUUCCGAAACAGCAGCUGAUGACAGCGCCCCCCCGGAGCAGCCUGUUCUGUCCGAGGGGGAGCCGAACCCCACCCCUGCGGAGGAGACCCCCAAGAUGGCCGGGGAGACCCCCGCACCACCUAUGGAGGACGGCCGGAGCUGCGCACUGUGCAACUGCGAGGACAGGAGUCUGUACGGGCAGCGCGAGCUGCGGCUUUUCGCACCCUCUGCCGACCGCCCGCCCCUGCCCCACGCCGCCACUGCCUCCUCUUCUGACCCCCCAGCUGGCUGUGCAGGUCCGGGGGCCGACGACCUGGACACCAUCGGCUUCCCCGAGCUCACAGCCCCUGCCUCGCUGUUCAACGACACAGGGCACUGCUGGGUUCACCACUGGUGCGCCGCCUGGUCGGAGGGGGUGCGUCGCGCCAACGGCCAGGAGCUGGAGAAUGUCGACGGAGCCGUCAUCUCAGGGAUACAACAGCGAUGUGAAUACUGUAGAAGACUGGGUGCUACCAUUCGGUGCCAGUCAGAGGGGUGUCGUCGGUUUUACCACUUCCCCUGUGCUGCUGCCAGUGGUUCCUUCCAGUCCAUGAAGCAAUUGGCCCUUCUGUGUCCAGAGCACAUCGAGAAGGCCGUGGAUAUAGCGGGCGAGGACUCUCGCUGUGCCGUGUGCGAUUCGGCUGGGGAGCUGUCGGGCCUGCUGUUCUGCACGGGCUGCGGGACGCACUACCAUGCCGCCUGCCUGGAGAUCAGCGCCACGCCGCUCCAGCGCGCGGGGUGGCAGUGCCCCGAGUGCAAGGUCUGCCAGACCUGCAGGCAGCCUGGUGAGGACUCCAUGAUGCUGGUGUGUGACGCCUGUGACAAAGGCUACCACACCUUCUGUCUGCAGCCUGCCAUGGACUCUGUGCCCUCUGACCCCUGGAAGUGCCGGAGGUGCCGGGUAUGCAGUGAAUGUGGUACCCGGGGCUCAUCCUCGCUGGGCUCUGCUCAGUGGUUCGAUAAUUACUCGGUGUGCGAGAACUGUCAUCGCCUGCGCAGCUCCGUCUGCUCUGCCUGCAAGAAGACGGAGCCUGCUGCCAGCCUGCGCAGCUGCCAGUCCUGCAACGGAUGGGUGCACAUUGAGUGUGCCAGUCUGUCCGAUCCACAGGGGGAUAAGUACACUUGCACGCUGUGCCAAGCAUCGCCAUCAGGGGGCACCGUGGAGACAGACACUCCCAUGGAGCUGGGGACGGAGGCAGACGCUGAGGAGCCGAUGGCGGAAGAGGGGUCACAUCUGGACACAUCUGCCCUCCCCCAGGAGCAGCCCAGCACAGUGUCGGAGAGCACAGAGGGAGGCGAAAGCAAAGAAUCUGAGCCCCAUCCUGUUGUUGCUGUCGGUGAAGACGAUGCCAAGAAUGAAGAGACCCAGAACCCGCCAUCCCGAGACGGCUCGCCUGCAGCGACGGCGGCAGUAGCGACAGGGAGCAGUAAAGAGCAGCAGGAGGCCGAGCCCAGCCCUGCCUUGGAGAGCGUGCCAGAGGAGGAGGGGAAGGCCAGUGAUGAGGGGGCGUGUCCAAGCCACACUCCUGUCCAGGACAAAGCUGCCACUCCCAGCCCCGAGGCCCCUCCUCCUGACAUCCAGGGGGAGGAGCCUGUUGCUGUUGCCAUGGAGGAGAUGGGCACAGAAACUCAGGAGCCAAAAGAGGCAAUGCCACAGACUAGCCCCGCCUCCCCCAAGGAAGCCCCUCCUGCUGUUGAAAUGGAUAUGGGGGCUGUUCCGUCGGAGGAGGAGGAGGAAGAGGAGGAGGAGGAGCCAGCAGGGGAUAAGGAGCUGCCCAUGGAGGAGCUGCCGGUGGAGGAGGGCAAGGUGAAGCAGGAGCCAGAGCAGAGGGAAGCGGAGGGGGAGGCGGGAGCCAAGCCAGAGCUCUUCCUGGACGAGAUGUCGAACCUGAGCCACGGGGAUGGCAGCAGCAGCGGUUUCCUGGGGUCCCCUGGGGAGCCCGACUCGCAGUCCAUCUCCCUGGACCUCAGCCUGGUCCCGGCAGGGCGGGCGCGCUCCGACUCCCUGCUCACCGAGACCGACGACUCGCUGCCCUUCGACACGCUAAAGGCCGAGGGCGACAAGGCCAAGCGGAGGGGCUCUCCCGGCCGCUCCCGUGUCAAGCAGGGCCGGAGCAGCAGUUUUCCAGGGAAGCGGCGGCCUCGUGGAGGCGGCAGCGGGCGUGGCCGGGGCCGUUCGCGUCUCAAGGCCAUGGCGUCCUGCAUCGAAGCCUUCCUGAACUCCUUUGUCAUCGGGCCUCUUCCUGUGCAGCAAAGCAUGGACACAGACACUGGACUGGGGAAGGAGGAAGAUGAGGAUGAGGAUGAUACCAUGCAAAACACAGUGGUGCUCUUCUCGAACACGGACAAGUUCGUCCUGCUGCAGGACAUGUGCGUGGUGUGUGGCAGCUUCGGACUGGGCGUGGAGGGGCAGCUGCUGGCCUGCGCCCAGUGCGCCCAGUGUUACCAUCCCUACUGCGUCAACAGCAAGAUCACGAAGGUCAUGCUGGUGAAGGGCUGGCGCUGCCUGGAGUGCAUCGUGUGUGAGGUGUGCGGGAAGGCCAGUGACCCGGCCCGCCUGCUGCUGUGUGACGACUGCGACGUCAGCUACCACACCUACUGCCUGGACCCCCCCCUGCACACCGUGCCCAAGGGGGGCUGGAAGUGCAAAUGGUGUGUGUGCUGCAUGCAGUGCGGCGCCAGCUCUCCCGGCUUCCACUGCGAGUGGCAGAACAACUACACGCACUGCGCCCCCUGCGCCAGCCUGGUGACCUGCCCCGUGUGCCGCGAGAACUUCAUGGAGGAGGAGCUGCUGCUGCAGUGUCAGCACUGCGACAGGUGGAUGCACGCGGUGUGCGAGAGUCUGUACACCGAAGACGAGGUGGAGCAGGCAUCGGACGAGGGCUUCACCUGUACGGCCUGCUCGCCCUACGUCCCCAAGCCCGUCGUGGUCAUGGAGACUCCAGUGGUGACACCUGUGAAGGUGAAAGAACCAGAGCCGCAGUUUUACCGACUGGAGGGGGUGUGGCUGACGGAGACCGGGAUGUCCCUGCUGCGCAGCAUCUCCAUGUCUCCGCUGCACAAGAGGCGCCAGCGCCGCUCCCGUAUGGGGGUGCUGUGUGGGGAGGCGGGGCCGGACGGGCUGGAGCUGAAGGAAGGGGACGGGGAAGGGGACGAGGUCAAAGGGGCCGGGGAAUCCAUGGACUGCGAGCCCAAGCUGGAGGCCCCGGGGAGCCCUGACCGCGAGGGGGGGCCCGAGAGAGAGACGGGCCCUGAGGGGUGCGCCGACGGCUGUGCGGAGGGAGAGGGGAUGAAGGGAGGAGUGGAGGAGACGGAAGAGGGAAAGAAGAGAAAAAGGAAACCUUACAGACCAGGCAUCGGCGGCUUCAUGGUGCGCCAGAGGAAGUCCCACACGCGCAUGAAGAAGGGACUGGUGCUUCCGCUGGCUGGAGAGACCACCGCUGAUGGGCCGAUCACAGAGAAGACGGCCGACGAAGCAGGCCCCCCUGAUACCCCAGUGGAUGGCCCUCCGGACUUGAAGGCAGCGGAGCCCGAGGGAGAGCAGGCGAAGAAGCGCAGGGGCAGGAAGAAGAGCAAGCUGGAGGACAUGUUCCCUGCGUAUCUACAGGAGGCCUUUUUCGGGAAGAUGCUGCUGGAUUUGAGUCGAAAAGCCAUCCUGCCUACGGCUGGGCAGAGGGAAGGAAGCGGUGCCCAGCGGGCGUCCCAGGCUCCCCUCAAACAGCUGCCUCCUUCCCAGGACCCCACAGCACUCUCGGCUGCCCCUUCCGCCCUGGGCCCCGGAGAGAGAGAGACCGUCCCCGAGCCAGGUGAGGAGACGGAGGGAGCAAAGGAAGACUCGGAGCAGCUGAAGACGGAGGAAGGUCUGGGGUCCGAGGCUCGGGGAGAUGGAGCAGCCAGUACUGGGGCAACUGGUGCCCAGCAGCCUUCUACACCCAAGGACAGCACAUCCACAACACCAGGGGGUGCUGCAGGCUCUGGCGCAGACAAGAUGUCAGAAGGCCUGCCGCAGGGUGUUGAGAGUCAGGAUUCGGAGCAGUUCUUCAGGAAAGUCCUGGGGGUGUCAGAUGGCGCCGCGCUUGGCGGGACCCUGCAGGCACCCAUGAGGCCCAUGCUGGAUGCAGGACAGGGGGAGCUCAAUCCCGGUGCCCUGCAGCAGCGGGCAUUCCUGCCAGCAGGGUCCAUAUCCGGGUCUCUUCCUUCGGCUGCAAUGAUGGACUCCUUCCCUGCACUUUCCCAGUCUCCCUUCUUUGACAGCCGCGAUCGGGCGGGCCUGUUCAGCCCAGACCAGAUGGACACCGACAGCCCUUGGGCGACGCCCUCCACACCCUCCACUCCGCCCACACCAACUGAGCAGGAGAGUGACGGCCUGUCGUACAACCAGCGCAGCCUCCAGCGCUGGGAGAAGGAUGAGGAGCUGGGGGAGAUGUCCACCAUCUCGCCUGUACUGUACGCCAACCUCAACUUCCCCAGCCUCAAGCAGGAAUACCCAGACUGGUCAAGUCGGUGUAAACAAAUUAUGAAGAUCUGGAGGAAAGUUUCUGCAGCAGAUAAGGUUCCCUACUUGCAAAAGGCCAAAGACAACAGAGCUGCACAGCGCAUAAACAAGGCACAGAAGCAGGCAGAGAGCCAGGUCUGUCGCCCAGUGAAGAUGGAGGGGCGCAAAGGGGAGCGUCCCAACCUCCACCUCCAGAUCCCGCCUCCCCCAUCGGCCUCUCUGUCCACGCCGUCCCAGCCCAGCUCUGCAGAGAGCCCCUUCCCCUUUCCCCCGGAUCCUGGCUCGGCUUUCUUCCCUGCUGAGGGGCCCCUCAAGACGCCGAGCUCUGGUGACUCCCGGGGCGAUCCAUUUGCCAAACUGCCCCACCAGUCUCCCCACUCCCACCCCCACCCUUACAGCAACCCCUCUACCCCCUACUCCCAGCCUGCUUCCAGUCCCCUGCAGGUGGCCCCCUCUUCCGGGUUCCCUCCUGCUGGUCCUCAGGGAGCCCCCCAGGUCCGGCCUCCCAGCCUGGGCUCUCUUGACCCGCAGAUGGGGACCCCUGGCACCCCUCGCAGGCCCCAGCCCACAGACCCCUUCCUGAGACCCCAGCAACAGUUACAGCAAACUCCCCAGGAGCCCCUAGCUCCUCCAGAGAGCCCCAGGUCCAGACCAGGUGGUCCUGGGGAUUCCCCUCUAAUGUCUCCCCCUCCUGCUCACUUUGGGGACCCCUUCAGAAACCAACAGGCACCACUGCGGCAGGAGUUUGGGGGAACCCCCUCCCGCUCCCCCUCAGCAUCCUCAUCUUCCCCAGCUGGGCUCGGGCUGCAGCGGACUGACUUAAUGGGUGUUCCCUCGCCCCACUCUUCGUCCGCGGGGCGCCAGGAUUUUGGGACCGGCUCCCCUGCAGCCAUGGGGUUCCCUGAAUCAGGGGAGGGAAAGGGUGGGACCGGACUGUUCAAAGCCCCCCUGACACCCCGAGCUCACCAGGGGGAAGCUGCAAACCCUCCUCAAGGCUGUUUUCCCACCGGCGCCCCUGUGCACCCCAGCGCGUCACCUAACCAUCCGUCUGAGAGCUACCGCCGGUCCCCCUCCACCCCCUUCUCGGACCCCUACGCCCAGCCGCCCCUCACCCCCCGACCCCAGUCGGGGGACGGUUGCUCCCCGGUGCCCCAGAGGCCCCCCCUGCCCCUGCAGGAGCCCUACGCCCGCGUGCCAGCCAGCCCCCAGUCCCACAGCAGCAGCUCCCAGUCCCCGCUCACGCCGGGUGCCCUCUCCAACGAUGCCUUCUCGGUCCACUCCCCCGCUACGCCCCGCUUCCAGUCCCCCGACCCGUACUCGCGGCCGCCCUCCCGACCCCAGUCCCGUGACCCUUUCGCCCCUUUGCACAAGCCCCCCCGGCCGCCAUCCGCUACGGCCGAGGGCAACGCGGGCUACAGGGGCUCCCCCCACCUUAGUCAGCCUCCCCCUCCCCAGGCCGUGGGGGACCCCCUGUCCGGCAAGCCCCCUGGCCCGCCCGCCUUCAGCCGCAGCCCGAACAUGGGCGUGUUCCCUGCCUCCCAGUCCCAGCAGCGGAUGCCGUUCGGCGACGCUGUCCCGCCCCAGCCCCACCCACAGGCCCUGAACGCCAGCGGCUUCCCCUCCCGGCUGCAGCCUGGCCCCGGCACCCCCGAGACCUUCACCCCGCGGCCCCCGGAGGCCCCCAUGUGUCGACCACCAGAGAGGAGGGACGAUGCCCCGGCCGUGUCCAACCCCCAAGAGCUGCCCGACCUCUCGCUGGGCCAGGACCCGUCGCUCGUCGGCCUCAGCCAGUCCGAGCUGGAGAAGCACAGACAGAGACAACGACUGAGGGAGCUGCUGAUUCGCCAGCAGAUGCAGAGACACUCCCUGCGGCAGGAGAAGGAGGCAGCAGCUGCCAGCAAUGGCGCCACCAGCUGGACGGGGGACGCAACCGUCUACCAACCAGACAAGACUCAGAGAGCCCCUCCCCCGUACCCCUCCAUCCAGGAGAGAACCGCGGUGACCGGUGGAGUAUCGGCCAUGACGGGGAAGCUUGCACCCCCCCUGGGGUCGCUGGACGACAAGAUGAGCCGGCCCCCACCUCCCGGGACCCCCGCCAUGCUGGACCCCAGCGCCCUCAGGCAACCGGUGCCCAGCACCUCCCAGGGCUUCUACCCUCGAAGCCCCUUCCUGGUUCAGUGGCAAGGCCAGGCUGGGGGGCUCAGGCGCUUCCCCCAGCCAUCCAGCUUGGAGACGGGGGCCCCCAGACACCCCGUCAACAUCCCCGUGAGCGGCAUCCAGGGCCUGCCCAACCCGCGGGCGCUGGCGCCAGGCCCAGGCGGGGAGCCCAUGCAGGGAUCCCACAUUCCCGUGGCCCAGCAGUUCAUAGAGCUGCGACAUAAUGCCCAGAGACUGCCCCUGGGGACCCAGUUUGUGCCACGGGGUACCCCUCCCCAACCUCGGCCACGCCUCUACGGACCACCGCAGGAGCUGGGCACCCCUUUCGCCCAGCCCACUUUGCCCCCUCCCCCGCCUCCUUCUCUAGUCCCACCAGCAGAGGGAGUCAGAGAGUCCAGGCUGGGCCUGCAGCCUGGGGCCCUCUCCCUAAUGCUGCCCCAGCAGAGCACCGUGCCUUCACCCCAGCCCCAGCAGCAAGCUCAAAUACCUAACCAGCCUAGCGGCCCCAGCCCCCACCCGCACACCCACACUCAGCCUGAGCUCCCACCAACAGAGGCAGGGGGGGUCCCUCAGGUGACCCCCUCCAACCCAGCUGUGCCCAGGCCCUGCCGCCUGGACCUCCCGGAGCCUGACUUGGACGAUGCCUUUGUCUCCAAAGGCCUGGGGGGCACGGGAGGAGAAGGGGGUGAGGAUGAUGUGGAUGACCUGGCCACCUUGGACCUGGACCCUGACAAGGGUGACGACGACCUGGGGAACCUGGACAGCCUGGAGACCACCGAUCCGCACCUUGAUGAUCUGCUGAAGUGUGAUGAGUUCGACCUGCUGGCCUACACGGACCCUGAGCUGGACCAGGGUGACCCCAAGGAUGCCUUUUCAGACCAGCUGCGCCUGGUGGAGGCCGAGAGUGAGGUGCCGGGCCCUUCCUUGUCAGCCACUACCCCAGAUGUCAAAGUGGAGCCAAAACCAGGUCCGAUAUUACCGGGUCAGGAUCCUCUAAUGGGAUCCGCUGCCUCGGCUCCCUCUCUGCCCACCCCCUCUGCAGCCCCUCUACCCUCUGCGUCGCUGGACCCGUCUUCGUUACAGGAAAGCAGUCCUUCAGACCAGCCCCAGCUGCCUGUACUCAAGCUGGAGGACGGGGGGCUGCCGGCUGGGCUGGGGUCCAAUACUGGCUCCCAGACACCCACCUGCAGCUACGAGGGGAAGCCCCAACAGCAGCAACAACCUGCAGUACCCCCUGUAGUGAAAGAUGAAGUAGGAGAGGCGGUGUCCAGGCUUCUUGGAGGUAGCACUCCAGCAGCCAAGCCCUCAAACGGCAUUUCCCCGCAUACAGUGGCCACCGCUGCUUCUCUCAGCUCUGUUCGGUUAGGAGGGGUGUCUUACUCUCUCCCGGGGCAGGUUGACCCACUCUCCUUCACCUCAGCAACCCCCUUGCCUCAUGCCGACCUGGAUGAGGACCCCCUGGGCUUGCCGGAUGGUGGGGGGCAGCACUCGCCUGCUGUGGAUCUGGACAAAGUUGAAAGCUCUUUGGAGGCCAGUGAGCUCCCCCUGCUGAUACAGGACCUGCUGGAGCACGAGAAGAAAGAGCUCCAGAAACAGCAACAGCAACAGCAGCAGCUCAACUCCCUCCACCAGGGGGCCAUGAACACACACAUGCACAGCAUACCGCAGCAGCAGCAGCAGCCACAGCCCCCCCAGGCCCAGCCACAGGUCCUACUCCAGUCACAGCACCACCGCACUCCUCCGCAUGGUCUGAUGGGGCAGCAGUUUCAGCCGGGCAUGAUGCCCAGGCCGCCACACAUCAUGUCUCCCCAACAGCAGCAGCAGCAGCAACAGCAAAGGCUCCUGGGAGCUGCCAUGCCCCCUCCAUCACAUGUCGCCAUGGCCCAGUCACAAGGCAUGAUGGGAGCCGGCCAACCAGGAGGGCACCCCCAUGCGGUCAAUCCGCAGCAGCAGCAGCAACCGCAGAUGGUCAAGCAGCCACAGCUGGCCAACAGCUUCUUACCAGACACAGAUCUGGACAAGUUUGCUGCAGAUGACAUCAUGGACCCCAUCGCCAAGGCAAAGAUGGUGGCUCUGAAGGGCAUCAAGAGGGUUAUGGCACAAGGCAACAUUGCCAUGGCGCCGGGCAUCAACAGGCAGCAGGUGUCUCUCCUGGCUCAGAGACUGGCUGGGGCCCCGGGGGCCAGCGAUCUGCAGAGCCGGCUCCCCGCCGGGCCUGUGAAGGAGGGGGAAGGCAGUGAGCCCACCCAGGCCAGACCCAACCCUCCCCAGUUUGUGCAGGGAAUCAUCAACGACGCGGAGCAGCACCAGUACGAAGAGUGGCUUCUCCACACCCAGCAGCUCCUGCAGAUGCAGCUCAAGUUCCUGGAGGAGCAGAUCGGCGUGCACAGGAAGUCUCGUAAAGCCCUGUGCGCCAAGCAGCGCACUGCCAAGAAGGCUGGCCGGGAGUUCCCCGAGGCUGACGCUGAGAAGCUCAAGCUGGUCACUGAGCAGCAGAGCAAGAUCCAGAAACAGCUGGACCAGGUGCGGAAGCAGCAGAAGGAGCACACCAACCUGAUGACAGAAUACCGCAACAAACAGCAACAGCACCAGCAGGGCUCUGGGAUCCUGGCACCUGGUCCGUCCACACAGGGGCCCCGGUUGGUCGCGAAGCUCCCUGGUCAGCUUAUGGCAGGUCAGCAGGGGGCGCCCCUGUUGGGGCAGCAGCCUGUGCGUAUGCCCCCUCUGGGAAUGAACGUAGCUGGUCAACAAGGGCAGCCUUUCCCUGGAGGAGCUCAGACACCACACCCUGGAGCCCUGGGUGCAGCAACCCCUGUGCCCUCGGGGGGUUAUUUUCCCCAAGGGGCUGGAGCCCCUGGUCCUGAUGCACGGCUCCUGCAGGAAAGACAGAUGCAGCUUCAGCACAGGAUGCAGCUGGUCCAGAAGAUGCAGCAGCAACAGCAGCAAGGCAUGAUGGGACAGCUACCCAUGCCACAGCAAGCACAGCAGCCAGGCAUUCUGGGGCAGCAGCCAGGUGGGGUAGUUGGACAGCCACAGCAGGGUAUAAUGGGAAACCCCAUGAUGGCCCAGCAGCAGCCACCUCAGCAGCAAGGCAUGAUGGGACCCCAGCAGCUCGUCUCAAACCAACAGGGUAUGAUGGGAACUCAGCAGAUACCGCUGCAGAGCCAGCAAGGUCAGGUCCAGGCACCGCAGGGCAUGAUUGGUAACCAGCCACUGGCCCAGGCACAACAGAGUAUAAUGGCCGGGCAACAGAUUGGUCAGACCCCAGGAAUAAUGGGAAACCAACAGGGAAUGAUGGGAAGUCAACAGGUUUUACUGCAGCAGCAGAGAGCCCAGGGCUUGAUGGCACAGCAGGGCAUUCAGAGACCAUUGGGGCCCCAGCAGCAGGCCCUCAGGGGGCCACAAGGACUAAGUCAGCUCACCCCACAACAACAGAAUGUCCUCGCCCAGCGCAUGCUGCUUUCACAGCAACAACACAACGCUGCCAAGAAUCUGGCCCAUUUACAGCAGCAGCAGCAAAUGCAUCAGCUACAGCAGCAGCAUUUACAACAGCAACAGCAAAGCUUCUUGAACCAAAGCAGCCAGCAGCAAGACUCUGGAGGACAGCUCCAGCCCACUCCUUCUCAGCCAGGGUCAGCUGAGCCUCAGGGCCUCCUAGGCCCCUCACCUCCAGCCGGGGCCUCCCAUGAGGGGCUACAACCACAAGGGGCCCCUGAUGGUCUGCAGCCAGGUGGGCAGAGCCUUCCACUGGAGCCUCAGGGACAGAAUUCCAGCCCCAAGGAGGUUGGGCUGCUGAGUCCCAGGCCGCAGCAGCAAGGACCCUCAACUCCAGUUCACAUACAGCAGCCUGGCUCUGCUGGUGACCAUCAUGGGGCAGUACUGCAACAGCAAACCCACAUCUACAUGGGUCAGCAACAGUCACUACAGCAGCAGCAGCCCCCAAAUCCCUCUACCACUCCAGCACCUCAGCAACAGCACAGCUACCUGGGUGGACAGCAGACAGGGAUGCUCUCCCAAGCACAGCAACAGCAGCAGCUGGCUCUGCAGAGGCAGAAUUCCCUGGGAGGGGAGAAGCCUGGCCUCAUCACUAUCAAACAGGAAGGCCAACAAAUGUGUUACAUGGCACAGCAGCAGGGAACCAUUUUGGGUCAGAAGCCUGGACCGCAACCACAAGGCAUGGUGGGACAGCAGAACAUGGGUGUUAUGGGUCAGCAGCAAGGAAUGCUGGGGCAACAGCAGGCAGUCCUAGGGCAGAAUAACUCCAGCCAGCCUCAGCCUGGUAUGAUGGCCCACCCCACACAACAGCAGCAGCAGCAACAAGCCCUCUUGGUCCAGCAGAAGCAAGCCAUGAUGGGGCAGAUGGCCAUGGGGCAGCAGGUGGUGAGGGGUCAGCAAGGGAUGAUGGGCCAAAGAACAGGGGGCAGUGUGGCAACUAUGGGGCAGGUCCAAGCUUCCCUGAGCCUCCAGAACUACAUUGCUCAGAACCCCCAGCUGCGCCACCUUCCCCCCCAGCAGCAGAUCCAAGCCAUCCUUGCCCAGCGCCAGCUCCAGCAAGGGCAGAUGCUGAGGCAGGCAGCAAACCAGGGACAGGUUCAAUUGCAAGGGCAGCAGGGGCAGGGACAACAGGUGCCCUCUAAUGACCAACGGAUGCAGGGACUCAUGUCACAGCAGCAGCAGUUCCACCAAGGAGCACUGGUGCAGCAAGGGGCUUCAGGUUCUCCUCAACAGCAAGGGGUUAUCGGAUCUCCCCAGCAGCAGCAGCCAGGAAUCAUGGGACAGUCUGCAGUGCCACAGCAAAUGACACCCCAGGCUCAACCACAGCAUGGGCUCCCUACACAACAACAGCAAGCUAUGCAGCACACCAUGAUGACUCAACAACAGCUCCAGCAGCAGCUUCAGCAGAAAGCAGCUAGAAGUCAGACUCCUGUGCAGCAAGGCAUGAUGGGACAGGUAAAUGUGCCCUCUCAGGGCUGUCUAAUCAGGCCGAUGUCUCCUCGCCAGGCUUUAGGUCACAGCUCCCCUGGGGAUCCCCUCUGUGUCCAGCAGCAGAGGCAUGUUGUGGCCCAAGCCAUGGCCUCCCAGCCUACAGGGCUGCACCAAGCCUCACCCACACAGGCCCUGCACUACCAGCAGCUGAUACAGAAACAGCAGCAGCAUCCACCACACACAGCUGCCUCCAGCCCUUUCCAGGCCCCCCAAAUACCUGGGUGCUCUCCAGCCAGAGCAGUGUGCCCUGCACCCUCAGAUACAGCACCCAUCUCCACCUCUGUUCAACAACAGGAGGCCAUCUCCAGUCCAGCAAGGGUCGCCAAGCGGGAGCCCGGCACGCUCACGCCCUCUAAUCCCGGCAGUGCCAGCGCUGAAACGGAGCGAAACCUCGGGCAAAGCGACCCGGCUGGGACCAAGGCAGCUCAAACAGCCGAUGCCAACAGACCUGUGGACCAACCAGGUCUUAAAUCUGAAUGUCAGCCUGCGGGAAACGCUGUCGGGGAGGAUGCAGACACAAAGGAGCGACACCCCAACGGGCCGUCGCCUCAGAAGGAGGAGCUCCAGCAGCCAGCAGGACAGGGUUCCGAGAGCCAAACACCCCAGGCCCCGACGGGCUCCGGCAGCUCCGACUCGCUCUACAGCAUCACACUUCAGAAUAUCAAGCAGGAGCCUGGGGAGGUGCAGUGCGACGGGGUCGGGCCCGGUGCAGAGGGCCGGACCGGCGCCAUCAAGAGGGAGUCCAAUGGCGAGCCAGUGGGGCUUCACCCCACCACCGCUGCCGGGUCCGGCAGCACCGUCAUCCCUUCCAGCCCAGACAAUCCUGCAGCCCCGCCUGGCCCUCCGGGCUCCACUGGCCCCAGGUCUGAGACGGGACAGCAGCUCCUCCAGAAGCUCCUGCGCACCAAGAACCUGCAGCUCGCCGCGCAGCGGCCCUCCGACGGCAUCCACAGCGAGAUCAAUGGGCACAUCAACAGUAAGCUGGCACUACUGGAGCAGAAGCUGCAAGCCACGCCACGCAACAUGGAGGACCUGCAGUCCAUCACUAAAAAGCCCGCUGGGGCAAAGCCCAAGCGCACGCCCAAGUCGGGAGACAGGGUGGCCAACUCUCGGAAGAAGACGAAGAAGGAGGAGAUGGGGAAGAGCACGGAGGCCCUGAUGAAACACCUGAAACAGGAGCUGUCUCUGCUGCCUCUGAUGGAGCCCUCCAUCGCAGCCAACCUGGACCUGUUCUCCCCCUUCGGCAGCAGCCCUGCCAACGGCAAAGCCCAGCUGAAGGGCUCAUUCGGGAACGCGGUCCUGGACAACAUUCCCGACUACUACUCCCAGCUGCUCACCAAGAAUAACCUGAGCAACCCGCCCACGCCCCCCUCCUCGCUGCCCCCCACGCCGCCCCCCUCAGUUCAGCACAAGCUGCUGAACGGAGUGACAGCUGUGGAGGAGCUGACCGAGGGGCAGAAGGAGCCGGAUGCCCCCUCGGAGGCCGAGGAGCCCAAGGACUCUGCUGCCGAGGAGGUGAAGAGUAUGGACCUGCUGGCUGCCCUGCCCACACCCCCCCACAACCAGAACGAGGACAUCAGGAUGGAGAGUGACGAGGACAGCGACGCUCCUGACAGCAUUGUCCCAGCGUCUUCACCCGAGAGCGUCCUGGGUGACGAGGCUCCACGCUUCCCCCUCCUCGGAGACGCCAGGCUAGAGGAGAGCGAGAGGGCCUUCUCCCCCGUCAUUCCCAUCAUCCCCCGCACCUCCAUUCCCGUGUUUCCAGAUAAGCCGUUUGAGUUUCCAGAGCAUGGGAAGGUGGCGCCUAGGUCAAGUCUCUGGGACAAAGCAAAGGGCAGCGAAGUGUCGGUGACCUUUACCCUCUCCGCUGCCGCCGCCAAGAACCUCAACACCGUGAUGGUGGCGGUAGCCCAGCUCCUACACAUGCGCAUGCCCGUGUCCUAUGAGGUGGCGUUCCCCCAGAGCCCAGGCAGGGGGGCCGCCGAGCCGGGCAAGCCAGCUCCGGACUCCUCCGCACCAGGAGCCCUGUGUCCGAAGCCCAGCCCCUCUGAGGAAGAGCGCCCCACGCAGGAGAAGGCCGACUGGCUGAAGCAGUUUGAUGUGUCCCUACCCGGCUGCACCCUGAAGAAGCAGGUGGACAUCCUGUCUCUUAUUAAACAGGAGUGUCCCGAACCGGAGCAGAAGCCCGUCCAACACUGCUACACCGCCAACGUCUCCAACCUGGAUGUGCGGCACCUUCCCAUCAUCCCUGUGGAAGCCUCGCCACCUCAGUCACCUUCGCCCCCUCCUCCUCCUCCUCCUGCUCCUGCAGUUCCUCCUGAUGUCCAGCCCACCUCGCCCUCCCCCGCAAGCCUGGCUGAUGCAGUCAAGCCCGAACCAGAGCCAGAGCCCAUCCUGGCUCCCCCUCCCCCUCCUCUGGCUUCUGUCCCAGCCGCCCCCACCCCUGCCCUCCCCGCCAACACCCCUGCCCUCAUCCCAGCUCCAGAGGCCCCGAAACUGGUCAAGCAGCGCGGGCGGCCAGCGUCGGAGGACGAGGAGGUGCGGCCCAAGGUGAAGAAGUGGAAGGGCCUGCGCUGGAAGCGGCUGCAGCUGCUGAUCACCAUCCGCAAGGCGGGGUCCCGGCGCGAGAGCGCGCGCGAGAUCUCGGAGCUGAUGGAGCGCCUGCGCAUCACGCUGCGGCCCGACGUGCUGCCCCGCGACCUGCGCAAGUGCUGCUUCUGCCACGAAGAGGGCGACGGCGCCACGGACGGGCCGGCCCGCCUGCUCAACAUCGACCUGGACCUGUGGGUGCACCUGAACUGUGCGCUGUGGUCCACGGAGGUGUACGAGACGCAGGGCGGGGCGCUCAUCAACGUGGAGGUGGCCCUGCGGCGGGGGCUGCGCACGCGCUGCGCCUACUGCCAGAAGACGGGCGCCACCAACAGCUGCAACCGCCUGCGCUGCCCCAACGUGUAUCACUUUGCCUGCGCCAUCCGGGCGCGCUGCAUGUUCUUCAAGGACAAGACCAUGCUCUGCACCCAGCACAAGCUGAAGGGCCCCAGCGAGGAGGAGCUGAGCUCCUUCGCCGUCUUCCGCCGCGUCUACAUUGAGCGCGACGAGGUGAAGCAGAUCGCCAGCAUCCUGCAGCGGGGCGACCGGAUCCACAUGUUCCGGGUCGGUGGGCUCAUCUUCCACGCCGUGGGCCAGCUGCUGCCCUCCCAGAUGGCGGCCUUCCACUCUUCCUCCGCCAUCUUCCCCGUGGGCUACGAGGCCACGCGCAUCUACUGGAGCACGCGCCUCCCCAACCGCCGCUGCUGCUACCGCUGCCGCAUCAGCGAGGAGGACGGGCGACCGCUCUUCGAGGUGCGCGUGCUGGAGCAGGGGCACGAGGACCUACUGCUGCGGGAAUCCUCGCCACAAGCGCUGUGGGACCGCGUGGUGGAGCAGGUGGCCCGGCUGCGGCAGGAGGCGGAGAUGCUGAAGCUGUUCACGGACCAUGUGAAGGGGGAGGAGAUGUACGGGCUGACCGUGCACGCCGUGCUGCGCAUCACUGAAUCGCUGCCCGGUGUGGAGAACUGCCAGAACUACGUGUUCCGCUACGGCCGCCACCCCCUGAUGGAGCUGCCCCUGAUGAUCAACCCUACUGGCUGUGCCCGUUCCGAGCCAAAGAUCCUCACCCACUUCAAGAGGAUUGCUUCCUCCUUCUGCAGGCCCCACACCCUGAACAGCACCAGCAUGUCAAAGGCGUACCAGAGCACGUUCACAGGAGAGAUCAACACGCCCUACAGCAAGCAGUUCGUCCACUCCAAGUCCUCCCAGUACCGGCGGCUGAAGACGGAGUGGAAGAACAACGUGUAUCUGGCGCGCUCACGCAUUCAGGGCCUGGGCCUGUACGCGGCCAAGGACUUGGAGAAGCACACCAUGGUCAUCGAGUACAUCGGCACCAUCAUCCGCAACGAGGUCGCCAACCGCCGGGAGAAGAUCUACGAGGAGCAGAAUCGAGGGAUUUACAUGUUCCGGAUCAACAAUGAACAUGUGAUCGAUGCCACUCUGACCGGAGGCCCGGCCCGUUACGUCAACCACUCCUGUGCCCCGAACUGCGUGGCAGAGGUCGUGACCUUCGACAAGGAGGACAAGAUCAUCAUCAUCUCCAGCCGGCGCAUCCCCAAGGGAGAGGAGCUGACCUACGACUACCAGUUCGACUUUGAGGAUGACCAGCACAAGAUCCCAUGUCACUGCGGGGCCUGGAACUGCCGCAAGUGGAUGAACUGAGGCCGCGGGGGGGUCCUGCCCUGGUGGAAGAGGAGGGAGGCCCCCCACACGGCCAGGCCUGAGUCGCCAAGCCAAGAUACCGCACCCAGUCGCGAGCUGUUUCCAAGAGGAGGAGCUGGGAGACGACCCCUGACCUCCACUGUAAAGGUGGAUGCGUUACAGCGCUUUUUUUUUUAUGGGUGAACAACUCCAGGAGCCCCAGAUUUUUAAGACGCAAAAAAAAAAACUCUACUUGAAAUAAAGGAACCACUUUCCAGGUGCUGCUGCUGUUGUUGGGACGCUUUCUCUGUGGAGGAGGAAGAGGACAGAUGGGACAAUCCUGGGAUGGCCGGGGGCGCACCUGAAUCCAAACGUACGAAACGAGCCAGGACCUCCCCUGCCCUCCCCCCCCUCUGCUCCGCCCUUCCCGCAGAUCUUCCAGCGAGGAUGGCGCCGGGAGCACUCCAGCUCCUCCUCCGGAAGGAAUGGCCGUCUCCUUCACCCUGCCAGAGCUAAACUGGCUCUUGGUCGAUCUGAACUCCUACAAAGAGAUUUCGAUGAAGGACGGACGCAGCCGGUUUCGGUUUGGUUUCCAAUCCAUUCAGACUUUUCCAGCUUGCGAGUUUUCCUCUUGUUCUCGUUCUCCUCUCUCCGGUCCCGUCUGCGGGGGUGAUCCCAGCGAGCCCGUUUCUUUGAGAGAGAACCUGCAUAUGUAUCCGCGAGACAAUCCCAAAACGGCUCCGGACGCUCUCCGAACCCCGAGCAGAGCGUGGAGAGAUCCCACCGGAGGGGACGUUGCGACACAGGAAGCCUGUUGGAGAGGAGCAGCGAUGGCGGGAGCCUGCUGAGAGACAGGUGUUUUAUUGUAUGUCGAUGCUGAAGAUGGGUUACAGGACCCAGCCUACCUCAUAGAGUCUGUGGAAUCUAUUCGCUUCGGAAAAACUACAGGGCUGCUGCUGGGAGGGGAGGGGGUACAUGCGGGGUCAAAUUAGGGUGGAUGGGUGGGUUUUGGGUAGUGGGGGGGGGGUAUGUUUCUGUGGCAAUAGCUCUUUCGGAGAUGUGGGGUGUAAGCAGCAGGCUUGCUCUUGGAUUACCUUUGGUGAUUGACUAAUUAUUGCUGCCCAUAUUAUAUAUUGUAUAUAGACGUAUAAUUACUGUUUAAAAAGAAAUCGGUUAAUUUUUAAGGUUUUAAUCUCAGACUCGCGCAUUAACCAAGCUGGCAUCUUCCGGUUAAGAAUGAGCUAGACGGUCCUGGCUUUUUGUAGCUUUCUUUUUUGGGGGGUUUAUUUUUCAAAGCGGGAUCUCUCUCUCUCUCUGUACAUAGAAAUUGACAAGUGAAUAUCCUCCACUUGUACGCACAACGCUGGUGCUCGUCCCGAGGGGGUAGUCGUUCUUCUUUCUGUUCUGUUCUGGGGGGGUGGGCAGGGCAGGUGAUCUCUCCGGGAUUUCAGGAGAAUGGGGCGUCCUCGGUAAAGUUACUUGCCUGCCAAGCUCUCGUUCUGCUUUUAAAAAAUUGAAAAUAAAGCAACAAUUUGAACAAGGCAUCACGGCAGCUGUCUCCCAGCUGUUGGCAGGUACAGAAACUGAGAGUCGGAUCUCUUGCCCUGUCCUGUACCCAAUGUCGUCUAGGAAAUCUGAAUCCCUUUAGUCUUUCUUCCCCCCCCCUUUAAUCUUAGAGGCUGGAUCGAGGAGACCGGCCGCCUCCCCCGCUACCGUCAUGGCUAACGGGUGAUUAGCGACUUCAGAGGCCCCGAGUCCUUCAGGGGCGUGUCCCCUUCCCCGGAGCGCGGCAGCCGGACACGGAGAACUUCCGUGCUCCUGCCCCGGCGAGUCGGAUUGGCGAGUGGAUGGGGGAGCCAGGUGCUUGCGCGUGGACCCCGACCUUGCCCGUCCUGUGUGGCAGCGAGGGGCUCCGGUCGGGCAGCGCGGCGCGCGUUCCUCUUCACCCGAACUGGGUGGGCUGGGGGAUGGGGGGUCACGACUGCUCCCCUCUCAUCCAGAGAGGAACAGUGACCCCCGAAAAUGAAGACUCUCGCAGUCUGAGAAGAAUGACUCUCCUUUCGGCGGAGUCAGAUGUAUAUUUACUGUAGUCUCUCUUAAACUGCCAGCCCAGACUCCACUGGGGGGGGUCCCCCCUGCCUCGAACCCCCCUCACUCUCACCCCUCAUUCUGCCACUGUACAGGGACAGACAGGGGUGGGGGUGUGUGCUGCAUUUUCGGGGUGCUGGGGAGAGCAGAUUCCCCUAUUGGUGGCCUGCGGCUUCAGCAGUGAAAGGUGUAAAAGGGCAUUUGAUGAUUUUUUUUAAAUUAAAUUUAAAUUAAUGACAGUACAAAAAUGAAAAAAACAAAGAUUUGGAGGGAGUGAUGUUGUCCAGCCCUCCCUCUCUUCCUCUCACACCAGUUUAAAAAAGCUGCAAAGUGUACAAACUGUAUAUAGAUAUACAACCAGGGGCUGAGUGCUCUCCUGUCCGAGGCUCCUUUUUAAUCAAGAAGGUGAGAUAAAGAGUUCAAAACAACCACUGGAUAUCAUUUUAUUAGAAAAUAUAUUAAAAAAAACUUUUAAAAAAUAAACUGCAAACUAAAUAAAUCUUAAUAAUGUCUAUAUGAACUGGGUUUUUUGCAUUUAAUUGUAUUUUCUAUUAGCUUUGAUUUAUUAGCAGCCUGUAAAACACGCCUGUACAUUUCCGCUUGACGAGACUUUAUUUGUUAGCUGACGGCUCGGGCCAGACACAGAGUUAAGAAGUCGUCGGAGAUGUUUUUAAGCCACAGAGUCUUCUGCUUUUCUUUUUUUUAAACCUUUCAUUUAAAAUCAUGAUGCGAUUGCGAAGGCCAGGAGUUGAAAAACACAGGCCAGGCUGUCUUGGUAUAAAAUCAUUUCCUACGUUUCUUUCGAUUUUUUUUUUUCAAGGGAGAACUGAACCCAAACCAGUCCCGAAAGGAAACCCCAAUUGCUCUGUGCAGCCCAACACUUUCUUUUUUUACAUAGUAAAUGAAAUCUAUAUAUCGGAGUAGCUCAUGUGUGAUAUGACUAGUUUUCCUACUGGGUUUGUUGUGAUUUUCCAUCCCUGAUCGCCCCCAGACCAUCCUCGAGGACCCCUGUUCAUGGGAUUGUUAAACCGUGUUUGUGGCGUGACUCUGAUGGUGGGGUAGGGUAGAUGUUUUAAGUUUUUACAAACAUAAGUUGUGGUUGAUUUAGUUUUUCUUUUGGUUACUUUUUUUUCCAUUUUCAAGAUCAUGUUGUCACUGGAUAAUUUUUGCUCUCUUGCCUGAACCAUACUGAAUGAAGCCCAUUUUUUUUAGUUGUAUUUGUUUGGAAUAUCCUUAUUUAAGUUCUCUGCACAGCUUUUUAAUUUAAGAAAAGCAUAACUAAAAGCUGAGGAUGUCUUUUUUUAAGCAUUACAUUUACUUUUUUUUAAAAGGUGUUGUGUUGAAAUCUGUACAGCAGACCUACUUUUAGGGAAGAAGAAUAAAUGGUUGUUUUUAUUGUCUGUGGCAUGUUUUGUAUGGAUAUAAUUUUGAAUUGUAUAUAAUUUAUGUUUUGGAGGACGCCAGAGGCUAUUAUCUAAUCUCUCAAUACCUUCCUUCUGCUUUUACUCUCUCCCUCUGUCCCUCUGUCUCAGCUUUGUUUUUCUUGUAAAGAUGAAAAUAAAAAUGCAUUUUAAAUAUAAA